AUGCAAACAGUAGAGCACGUCAUCCGCAUGAGGCAGGGCCCACCAUGGGGCUUCAGGCUAGCGGACACCUUCAAUGGCGGUCUAAUCGUUUCCCAAAUUCGAAGACAAAGCCCAGCCGAAAUGGCGGGUCUUCGGGAAAAUGAUGUCGUCGUUGCCAUUAAUAACAUUUCAACCAGGGGUCUGAACAGAACAUACGCAAUUAACAUCAUCAAUAAUGCCGACUAUCAAUUGGACCUCAUUGUUCAAAGGCAAGAACGCCGCAAGCCACAAAUGAUGACUUUCUUCCUCGACACGAGCGCUGCCCGAGGUCAAUUGGUGCGCCAGGAAAUGGCGUCGCGUGACCUUGACAUUACCUGGAGGAAAGAGCCCUCGCCGCCACCGCCACCGCCUCCUCCUCCUCCAGAGCCGCCUCGCAUUGUGCCCGCUGAUCCCAACGUCACCCCAGUGUCCUUUGACCGCCUCAUGAAGAAGUACGACGUCCCUCAGGCGGCACCGUCUUUCAAAAAACGCACUUUUGCAAACUCGGCCUUCUAUGCAGGCACGAACGUAUUCUAUCCGAGUGUUGAGGAGCAAAUUGAGAUGGCACGACGUGUGGCGAAGAGCAUUGAGGCCCCUGUUAAUCAGGGCUCUCGCGGGGCACAGAUUUUCGAGGCGCAGCAGCAGCGCGCGGAGAAAUACGUCAAAGAAGGACCAGAGCCAGUUCCUGAUCCUUUCGAAAACGCCACCGCACAGCAACUCGAGUACAUGAUACCGCCGGCUCCUCCGCCUCCUCCGGCACCCACUGCUCCCAGUUUUCCCAGCCUCACCUCCAGUAUUCCUCCUGCACCUCCUCCGCCACCACCUCCACCCGGUCAGCCACGGUCUGUGCAGGAAUUCAUUGAGAAAAUUCGUCGAUUCCCCAAAAACACCCACAUGGAGAUAUCGCCACAGGUUUGCUUUGAUAUAGCUGCAGCAUUGCACACCUCUGGCAGCCGUGGAGGAUCAAUGUUCGCGAAGAGGAAGGCAAAGGCGCAGAACUGGGAAAUCGAAAAUACAGGGGUCCCCGUCCCGGUCUUGACGGCCCAACAUGUCGAGAAGCCCAAGCUGGUAUCGAAGUUGGAGCAGCAGCAUCAACAGACGUAUCAGCAGCAGCAUCAUCCAGUCCUGCCACAACAGCAGAAACGCACCUCGCUUACCGCACUUGGUCGGCUAAAUGAAGCACCACUAAGACCCCAGCCGCCCAAUUUGGGUGUGAUUGAGAAGUAG